ACACGUUAGAAGCCUUCAUUCACCUGCACGUGUGACGUGGCUCACGUACGCGGCUGCGCACGGGCCGCGGGUUAUCGCGCAGACGCGGAAGAAGCAGAUGGCGGAGCGUGCCUGCGGUUUUAGAGCCGAGGAUUUGGUUUACAGGGUUCAGGUGAACUCCGCUGCUCGUCUGGCGGACUUCGGACCGGAGCAGUGUGCCCAUGUCCGCACCGGAGCACCGGAGACACAGUUAAACAGAAGCACCGCGCAGUAAAGAUACUCUGUUAUGUACUUUUACUGAAGUCCUGCAGGUUUGAGCUGAAGGUGCUGGCCAUUGAUGGACACCUGAACGUGGUUCACCAGAACAAUGUGCAGUUUGACUCCGAGCUGCCUGAGUUCAGGACUCGGGGAGGAGUUCAUAUUCACGCCGACAGACUGACGGUCACCUCUCCUGUGCUGAUGUGGGUGAAGGCUCUGGACCUGCUAUUGGACAAGAUGAAGAGGGCGGGGCUUGACUUCUCCCGUGUCAGAGCGGUGUCAGGCAGCGGCCAGCAACAUGGCAGCGUGUACUGGAGAAGAGGAGCGCGUGAGACUCUGAAACGGCUCGACCCGGACCAGGACCUGUACCAGCUGCUGCAGGGCAGCUUCUCCGUGCCAGACUGCCCCGUGUGGAUGGACUGCAGCAGCAGGCAGCAGUGUCAGGACCUGCAGGCAGCAGCAGGGGGAGCGCUGAGGCUGGCAGAGAUCACCGGAUCCAGAGCCUUCGAGCGUUUCACAGGAAACCAGAUCGCCAAGCUGCGACUGACCCGAGCAGAGCAGUUCCAGGAGGCCGAGAGGAUCUCAUUGGUCAGCAGCUUCGCAGCCUCUCUCUUCCUCGGUGAUUACGCCGCCAUCGACUACAGCGACGGUUCGGGGAUGAAUCUGUUGGACAUCAGGACCAGAAACUGGUCUGAGGUCUGCCUGGAAGCCACCGCUCCUCAUCUGGACCGGCUGCUGGGAGCUCCAGUCCCCUCCACGUCUGUACUGGGUCCCGUCUCCUCCUACUUCGUGCACCGAUACGGUUUCUUGGAGAGCUGCAGGGUGGCGGCUUUCACCGGAGACAACCCAGCGUCUCUGGCAGGAAUGAGGCUCCAGCAAGGAGACGUCGCUGUGAGCUUGGGUACCAGUGAUACAGUGUUUCUGUGGAUCCAGCAGCCUCGCCCGACACUGGAGGGCCACGUCUUCUGUAACCCCGUGGACUGGCAGGCGUACAUGGCUCUGCUGUGCUUUAAGAACGGGUCUCUGACGAGGGAACGCAUCAGGAACGAGUGUGCUGGAGGAUCAUGGGAACAUUUUUCCGCCGCCUUGAGAGACACGCCGCUGGGAAACAACGGAAACAUGGGCUUUUACUUUGACACCAUGGAGAUCACACCUCCUGCAGUAGGAGUUCACCGCUUCGACCCGGACGACAACAAGGUGUCCUCACUGAGUCCUCAGGUGGAGGUCCGGGCGCUGGUGGAGGGCCAGUUUCUGUCCAGGAGAGUCCACGCUGAGAGGCUGGGAUACUCCAUCAUUCCAGGAACCAGAGUGUUGGCAACAGGAGGAGCUUCGUCCAACGAAGAGAUUCUGCAGGUUCUGUCUGAUGUGUUUAACGCUCCGGUUUACACCAUCGAUCUGUCCAACUCCGCCUGUCUGGGAUCAGCCUACAGAGCGCUGCACGGCCUGGUUGCAGAAUCUGGAGUUUCCUUCUUUGAAGUGGUGAAGAAAGCACCGGAACCACAACUGGUCGCCACCCCACAUCCUGCAGCACAGGAGGUGUACGACCAGAUGCUGAAGCGCUACGCCCGAUUGGAGGAGAGAGUCCUGCAGGAGACCCGGCCCUGAGCCACACCAAUCAGCUCUGUCGAAGAAGCGUUUAAUGGAGAUGAUGAGACAGAAAAACUAAAAUACUGAAUGUGACUUUGAGUAUAAUAAGCUUUACUCAAAAACUAAAAACGUUGGUGUCCUCUCUACCUGAAUUUUAUUAGUAAUUAAUUAGUGCUGCUAGUCAAUAAAAACAAAAACAGAUUAAUGGAAGUGCUUUUCAGGAAUACGUAUUAAAAAGAUAAUUGAACUGGAGAUCAAAUCAGCCACCAAAUGAAUGUAAAAUAACACACAGCGUCUUUUAAUUUCAAUACUUUCAUUAAUACCACUUCAAUUAAAAGGAGAAAAAAACACACAGUUCAAUUAAAAAUAACUCGUUUGGACACAAAGUAUGACACGAUAUGUCCUGAUGAAUGUUCUCCAUCAGAAUAAAUUCGUCCCACGUCAUUCCUGAAGUCACCGAGGUGGCAACAACACGGCAAAACCGAAAGGUUUAAACAGCUGACAUUACUGUGUCAGUAUGCUGACGACGUUACAGACUCGAAGGAUCUGGACCGGGGCCGAUCCAGGUCGCUGGAUCAGCAUGUAGCUGGAUUGUUACCUGACGUUGGAAGCUGAAGUUAGUUCUACAACAGCUACGGUUGUUGAUAAAUUUAAAGUUACAUUAGCCAAAGAUGCAUUUUUUUUAAUUGUGCUGAGCUUUAGGAUCAAGGCCUCAGGUAACAGACUCAUUCAACAAGUUAGUGUUUAGGACGAAUUCUGACGAUUACAGUUGUGGAUUAUGUUAAAGUUGUGGCAUGACAGAAUACAGAUGGUGUUUUUUGAUGUAUAAUUUUCAAUAAACUAAACGAUGUCAUGAA